CACAAGGUAUGCAACUAUAUACAACUCUGCAGUAGGUAAAAAGCCUUGUUCUAAAACGGCUUCUGCAUCCUUAAAGAGCUCAUUUAUGAGAAUUCUGAUCUGCUAGCUUGUUCUUCUUUAUGACCAUCGUGAGAUUGUGAAGUCAAUCGAUAUCAACCAUAUCCACCUUGCAUAUGUGAAUCUUCCCAGGGAUUCUUUUCAUAGGCCUUGCAAUGUCAACGGUGUUGGCUUCCUAAAUCUCUCAGUGGAGCCAAACAGUACCCCCAGCAACCACAAAGGCUACCUUCUUAAACACUUUUGACGCUACACUUCUUUCAGCGAUUAAAGCUGGAGUAUUUGUUGCACCGGCAGCAGGAAAUAGAGCUCCUAACCUAAAACUUUGCUCUCUUGUAGCCCGUGGAACAUUGCAUCUGUUGCCGCUGCAGUUGAUGAGCUGAGAUACAAGAACCAUCCGAAUUUGGGAACUUGGAUUGUCACGGAAAAUUUCUUUCUCAAACUCCCUCUCUGUCUUCUCUAUUACUAGCGCCGAGGAAAUACAUAAACACAGGCAUUAAGAGGCAGGAAAAAGAAGAGGGAAAUCAGAGUGAAAAACGAGCAAGGGGAGGAGCUGCUGUCGCCGUUACUGGAAAUUAACACCACCACCACUCAGGUAGAAAACGUUGUUGUAAGACGACUUUUUGCAUCCUUAAAUUUUGAAGAUAAUGGCUUCUGGUGGUGGUGGUGCGGCUUCUAGUUUGGAUCGCCUUGAUUCUGUUUUGGAAGGGUUACGGCGUCGAUCGGUCACUGCAGAGCAGGUCUACAAGGACUGGAGGGUUCUGAGGAUUCUUUGGGAGUCCUGUCAUAAGGGGAGUGAUGCAGGUGUCAAGAUUGAAGCUGCAGCCGAGGAGAUUGCCCAUGACCUUAAUCGUAUUUCUGAUGGAGAGGAGGAGGACAACGAGGGUCCAGAAUCACAGUUCCUUCUCCAGUUAGCUCGUGAUUGUGAAACAAAAACCAAGCGAUUAAUGGCUGAAAUUGGAGAAGCUCUUGACUAUCUGUACUCGUCGUGCUCAACAGGAGGGAGCACCAUCAGCAGCUCACUCCAGUUACAGCUGAUGUCUCCUGCAACUCUUGAUGUUUCCUUUUGGCCAAGAUUUGUCAGCCAUGCACAAUCAAACGUGCUCAGAAUCAGUCAGAUUGUGGUAGAUCACUUGGGUCAUGAACACUUUGGUAUACGGGAUCAAGUCUUUACCUUCUACAACAGUCUAAAGUCCAUCAAGCGUUACUUUGGUCUAUUACUAAGUGAUCCCAAAUUCCCAUACCUGGGAGGAUCAGGCGUUGGAGAAGGGGCAGGAGCAAAAACAGAUGAUGCAGUGCCUAGUAUUGAUGCCUCCCUCGGUCAUGUGGUAUCCUUGGUCCUUCGAAUUGUAGAUCGGUGUUCUGUCCACUGGUUGGAUUGCAAAACAGGCCGGAUCCAAGUGGAAAAAGGUGAGCUGAGUAAGUUCGUGGAGGAUUUGCACCAUGAGGUUCAUCCAAGAAAUCCCACUUUCAUGAGUUUCCAUCUCAAUUUCCUUUUGACUCUUUGCUGUAUUAGUAAUAACAAGGAUGAAGAGAUGGAUGUUGUUAUGCAAUUCUGCAACUAUCUCUUCAAUUCUGAACGUGGUGAUUUUCGAAAAGAGGUGCCUUCCCUUUUAACUCUUUUUGUUGAUGCUACUACUAAAUUAAAGGACAAGGAUGCAGUAAAAAGUUUCUUUCCAGAAAUCAAUGCAAUGCUGGUUGAGAUAGCGUCGCUCUUUGAAGUCAAUUGUCGCAAGGGGCACAAACUGGAUGACUCUCCUCAGUGUUCUGAGUUACUUACAAGAAUUUGUCUUCUCAGAGCGGAGCUUUCCCUCAUGGCACAAAUUCAUAAUAUGAGCGAAAUUAUCAGCAAUUCAUCGUCCUCCUCCAGUAUGCUUUCAGAUUGGAAAGAUAUCUCGAGAAAUCUGAGCAUAUAUUCCAAAAAUUUACCCCUUGAGAAGAUUGAGGGUGGGGAAAAGAUGUUGGCGUUCACUGAAUCGUUGUUUCAGGAAGUAGAAUCUCUUCAUCAGUCAUUUAGGGACAAGAAAAUCACUGGAUGUAUCAUGAAGAACUCACUUCUCCUACUUUUUUUUAAGAUUGUGAUUUUCAAGGAAGAGUCGUUUCUAACGGAUUUAUUACUGUUGAAGAGUGGUAAUGACGCAACUUCCAUGGCUAGUGGGAAAGAUCGAAUUGCACUUCAUCUUCAGAAGCUUGAGUACUUUCCACUAAUUCUCUCAGAUGAGCGAAUGAAGAAUACAGAGGACAUCUUCAGAGCCUUCAAACCAAUUGAAGUUUUUUUCAGGAGUCUGACAAGUCUCAAUUAUUCUUUUCUUAUCGCACAAGAUGAAAUGAUCCUUUCAUUUUCCGAGCUUUUAGAUAAGAUGAACCAGUUGAUGGAGGCAAAGCUCAAAAAGAUAAUUCCCCAAUUUCCACUGUUUGCUUUCCCUACGACUUUCAGACUGAAUUUCGUUGAUUCUCUGUCAACAAACCUUGUGGAGCUGCUGAAAUAUGAUCCUGUGUCAAUUGCAUUGGCAAAGCACCACAUUGAAGAGAUUCAACGACAUCUCCAGUCAUUGAGUUCUUUUCUUGUGGAUGUUUCAAAGUUACAGAUUGAAGAGGAUCAGGAGCUGAAAGAUAUUGGUAAACAAAUCAUUCAUUUGGCCUAUAAAGCAGAGUAUGUGAUUGAUUCAAUUGAGGUUGAUGCUCAAUGGCAGGAUUUCUUCUGGUUAAAUGAUGUACUGGAGGAGUUGAGACUUGUAAAUGAGAAGGCCUGUGGAAUUCAGUUGACCAUCCGUGAUGCUAAAGUCCUAGUUCCCGAAAAUGUGACCAAGGAUGUUUCACGCGGUACGUUUCCAAGGGAUGGUACAAUGGCAAUCGAUGAAAUUGUGGUGGAUCUAUGGGACCAAGAAGAAAUGAUAACCGACAUGCUUACUAGAGGAUCCAUGAGUCUAAAUACUGUUUCUAUUUUUGGAAUGCCCGGUUUAGGCAAGACUCUAUUGGCGAGGAAAGUAUACAACAAUAGAAUUGUCAUGCGCCACUUCCAUAUUCGUGCAUGGUGCACUGUUUCCCAAGUAUGAGGAAAGGCAAU